CAAGUGAGUGCGGAGGUGCACGGCCGUCGUCGGGUCGGGACGCAGGACAUCAACAAACCAAGUUCGAGUCAACAACAGCCGCUCGCAUUGGACGGCAAGAUUGCUGGGUAAACAAGAGCUCUCUCUUUUUCUCUGGUUGAUGCCACUCUCAUUCAGCACCUUCCGUCCGCCUUGAAUCUCGAUCCUUCCGACGCCCGACUCGACCGCCGACACUUCCCUUCGCCCAUGCCUGUGUCGUUGCUGGUUUGACGACAUCAGCGCUUCCCCAAAAUAGUAACGAACGCAACGAGACACACGCCCCAUCACGACGAAUAGAUUAGAUCUGCAGCAAUCCUUGCGACUUUGGCACUGUACUGCACCAGGCGAAACAUCGAAUAUCACUUUCGGCGGUUACAAGACGCAGCUGGGCGCAAGCUUCGAUUCGCAACAGCAACUGCGACAUGGCUUCUGCAUUUGGAGGAGGGGCAGUAGACCCAGAGACUCUGUACACGAAGCAGGCCUGCAUUGGUGGUGGCAGCUUCGGAAAGGUCUACAAGGGAGUUGAAAAGCGUACCGGACAAGCCGUUGCCAUCAAGGUUAUUGACGUCGAGAACGCCGAAGACGAGGUCGACGAUAUCAUCCAGGAAAUCUCCAUCCUCUCGGGUCUCAACUCGCCCUACACGACAAAAUACUAUGGAUCAUAUCUCAAAGGCUCAGAUCUGUGGAUCAUUAUGGAGUACUGUUCUGGCGGCAGCUGCGGCAACCUUAUGAGACCAGGCAGCAUUCCUGAAGAAUACAUUAUCAUCAUCAUCCGCGAGCUGCUCAUGGGUCUGGAAUACCUGCAUAACGACAACAAGCUCCACAGAGAUAUCAAGGCUGCAAACAUUCUUCUCGGCUCGAAUGGACAAGUCAAGCUGGCCGACUUUGGUGUUUCUGGACAGCUCUCCGCCACCAUGACCAAGAAGAACACAUUUGUGGGAACCCCCUUCUGGAUGGCACCCGAAGUCAUCAAGCAGUCUGGCUAUGACCACAAAGCCGAUAUCUGGUCUCUUGGCAUUACUGCUCUGGAGCUGGCAUAUGGAGAGCCCCCAUAUGCCGAUAUUCAUCCCAUGAAGGUCCUUUUUCUGAUCCCGAAGAACCCUCCUCCCCAGCUCGAGGGUAACUUUAGCCAGGCUUUCAAGGACUUUGUCAACCUUUGCCUGCGCAAGGAGCCGAAAGAGAGACCCAGCGCUAAAGAGCUUCUCAAGCACCCUUGGAUUCGCAGGGCUAGAAGAACUACCUAUUUGACCGAGCUGAUCGAACGAUAUGAGAGAUGGCAGGCACGCCACGGUGAUCGCGAAGAAGACGAUGAGGACAUACGCGAGGUCUCGCCCCCACGUAGUUCCGACGAAGAAGACCUCUGGGAUUUCGGUACGGUCAGACCCCUUUCACGCAGAGCACCAGGGCUGAAGGUUAUGAACGAGGCCGCCAUGAACACUCGCAAUCAGACACCUGUACCUGAGCCACAGUCCCCCAACAAGCAGGCUGCUUCCAGAGCCGGCGAGGAGAACUCAAGUCGUCGCACUAUUCGCGCUGCUCCUAGCAUGCCGCCGCCGCCACUACCCCGGGACCUUUCUCCCUCGAAGCGACCAAGCUCAUCGUCAAGUAUGGUGCCCCCUUCUCCUAGUGUCGCUGCUCGGGUGCCUCUGCCUCCGUCUCCAAUCAAGAAGGUUGUGCCCCAGACGCCCCCCGAGACUCCACGCUCUUCACAGUCGGUAGCCUCAAGACACGCCGCCAGCCAAGCACAAUUGAAGUCACCGCCACAGCAGAUCAACGAUGAUUUUAUCCAGCAGUCUAUUGCUGCUGACAUGUCUUCUUACAUGAAGGGCCUCUCUCUUAAUGAGCGACCAAAUGAGCCGUCUAGACCCUCAACACCCGCUGCCCAGAAGCAAAGCAAUGCACCGCCAUAUGGCAUGUCGAGAUCGCCUGAAAAGACAACUUCGAAUCCUUUUACCCUCGAGCGAACGUCUUCUUCCUUGAGCGUCCAACAGCAGCAGCAGCAGCAACAACAGGCGCGGUCGCUGCAACAACAACAACCUCUGCCAGUAUUGGCCCCAUUGAGACCGAGCUCGUCUGCUUUCUCUACAACUGCAGCAGCUCCAAAGCCGCAAACACUGGAGCCCCAGAGCAGGACUAGACAAGACUCGGAUGUUCAGGCUAGAUCGCGACAGGGCUCCGACGUCCAAGGCAGAUUGCGACAAGACUCUGACGCUCAGCUCAGGGCCAGACAGGGCUCAGACGCGCAACUCAGGACACAGCAGUCUUUUGACUCGAUGCAAAGUAGCUCAUCGAGCAGCAGACCAUCGUCUUCGUCUUCAGCGUCGAUGACUGGACCUUCGCCCCCUGCCCAGCCUCAAAACGAUGAGAUCACCGCGCUCUCUGGUGUUGUUAUUCCUGCUCUUGAAGCUGCUCUUCACCGACGUGCGUAUCAACUCUCUUUGCUGCAGAAGUCAGCAAAUACGCAGUCGAAGUCCGCACCUUCUCCGCAGGACAUUAUGCUCAAGAGGCAGGCCCAUGAACAAAUCCGUAGACUGGUUUCGAAGGUUGGCCGCCUCAUGAAGGAUAUUGAUCAUUGGGAUAGCGUUGCUCCUGUAGGCAUGGGCGAGGGCGUCGAAGGAUUUCUCGAAGGCGUGUUGGAAGAGGUUUUGUGUCGUGUGGAGGCCGAAGAUGCUUGAGCAACGCAUGAACCACUGCUAUUGCUCUUCACCCGAAUGGAAGCAGAGGACUAGUGGUCCUUGGAGUUCGUGAGUAAAGACUUCUUCUGUGUAGAUGUUUUUCUUGAGGGGGUCAGCUGCGAGCAUCGCAGCACCCUCAUUUUUCUUUGGUGUUUUGAUGUUGCGUUAGGAGCGGCAUUUUGCAUGCGCAGGGCGCGGUCAAAAGAAAGACAUUACUGCAGAAAGAGCGAACAGAACACACAGUUCUCUGAUUGAAUCAAAGACUGCUUUCACGUAAUCACGUUGACGCGUCGUCUUGCUUUCUCAU